AUGCGCGUCACACUAUCUCUCAUGGCGCUCUCAGCCGUCGUCGCCGCUCUUCCGGCACCCCAGCCCGACUCUGUGAGCGUGGGCGCUACGUACACAGCAAACAACGUGAAGAGGAAAGCAUGGGAUUACGGGGAUGUGGAUGCUACGUCCACAGCAAAGAACGUGAAGAGGAAAGCAUGGGAUUAUGGGGAUGUGGAUGCUACGUACACGUCCAACAACUGGAAGAAGGUUUCCCGCAAUAGUGCGGACGUUGAUGCCACCUACACGUCUAAUAACUGGAAAAAAGUGUCGCGAGACGACGCCGAUGUGGACGCUACUUAUACGGCGAACAACUGGAAGAUAGUCGAAGCUGCACAUGUCUAA